GCCCUCCUCGUCGUCCAUCAGCAUCAUCCCGCAGUUCAAAGUUGCAGCGCCGCACAAGAGAGAGAAGCCGCACCCGAAAAACAGAGGAAAAAAACACUCCUCUCUCUCCCUCGCAGCUCAAAAAUUUCCCCUCCACUACCACUCCAAACCUAGGCUUCCCGGCGCCGCGGCCGGUCCCCUCCCUCCCUCCCCGCCACUAGUAGUCUGCUGCUCGGCUUCAGGGAGCACCCACCUAGGCUUCCCGGCGCCGCGGCGCCGGUCCCCUCCCUCCCCGCCACUCCUAGUCUGCUGCCCGGCUUCGGGGAGCGCGAACCUCCGGCUUCCCGGCGCCGCGCCCCGCCGCGGCAGGUCCUCCCCUCCACGACCACUUGUAGUCUGCUGCCCGGCUUCGGCUUCGGCUUCGGCGGCGGCGCUCCUCUCUCGUUGGCAGUGGAGUGGAGAUCCACACGGGCGUUGGUUGGUUGGUUUCGUGUCCAUUUUUGUUGUUUGCCUUCCAACACAAAAAAGAUCCUGAGCAGUGAUAUCAACAUUUCUUCAUUCACAUGAAAUGUCACUUCUUAGUAGAUUCUUCUACAAGAGGCCUCCUGAUGGACUACUGGAGUUUGUUGACAGGAUCUAUGUUUUUGAUUCAUGCUUCAGCACUGAAGUUUUGCCUCAGGGAAUGUACCCAGUGUAUUUAAAUGGGAUUCUUACAGAGUUGCAUGAAGAGCAUGUAGAAUCCUCAUUUCUGGCAAUUAACUUCAGGGAUGGAGAUAAGAGAAGCCAGUUUGCUGAUAUACUACGUGAAUACAACAUUCCAGUCAUUGAUUACCCCCGUCAUUUUGAGGGCUGCCCUGUGCUUCCUUUAUCUCUUAUUCAGCAUUUCCUUCGUGUCUGUGAGCAUUGGUUAUCCAGUGGGACCAAUCAGAACAUUAUAUUACUGCAUUGUGAAAGAGGGGCCUGGCCAUUGUUGGCUUUUCUUUUAUCUUGUCUUCUGAUCUACAAGAAAUUGAACAGCGCUGAUCAUAAAACUCUGGACAUUAUUUACCGUGAGGCACCUAAAGGGUUCCUACAGCUCUUUUCUGCCCUUAAUCCAAUGCCAUCUCAGCUCCGUUACAUGCAGUAUGUAGCCAGAAGAAAUAUAUCUCCACAGUGGCCUCCAAUGGAAAGAGCACUCUCUUUGGAUUGCCUGAUUCUUCGAGCGAUUCCAAGUUUUGAUUCUGAUAACGGAUGCAGGCCAUUAGUGCGCAUUUUUGGGCGAAAUCUUCUCGGCAAGAAUGCUACCAUGACCAAUAUGGUUUUUUCCAUGCCAAAGAAGAAAUCUCUUCGGCACUAUCGGCAGGAGGAUUGUGAUGUGAUAAAAAUUGACAUACAAUGUCUAGUCCAGGGAGAUAUUGUUCUGGAGUGUGUACAUCUCGAUCUUGAUCCAGAGAAGGAAGUCAUGAUGUUCCGGAUAAUGUUCAAUACCGCUUUUAUACGUUCAAAUGUAUUGAUGCUGAAUAGUGAUGAUGUGGAUAUACUCUGGGGUUCAAAAGAGCGAUAUCCGAGAAAUUUUAGAGCAGAGGUGCUCUUUUGUGAAAUUGGGGGCAUGUCUCCCCCAAGGGCUCCAACAGCAACACUCAAUGGUGAUGUGAAGGGUGGUUUACCAAUUGAAGCCUUUUCAGCUGUUCAAGAACUCUUCAAUGGAGUUGACUGGAUUGAAAGCAGCGAUGAUGCUGCCUAUUGGUUGCUCAAAGAAUUCUCAGCAAACUCACUGCAAGAGAAAUUUCAAAAGCUUAUACUCAAUGACAUGAAAGAGCUCUCGAGAAUGCAAGCUAAAGUUGGUCUACAGAUGCCACUGAUGUCUCCACUUGAUUCUGAUGAAGAAAAGUAUUCUGUGGCUUCUGAUUCUGUUUCUUCAGCUGAUCAUGAGAAGGUUCAGCAUGGUGGAAACUCAUCUGACUCAGAGAAUAUUGAUCGUGAUCAUACCACUGAAGAUUUUGAAUCCAGUGCUACUCCGUCAAUGCACAGUUCAUCCCUGCCUCCCCAGCCUCAACCACCUGUGCCUCCCCAUAUGUUACCUUCUACCCUUUCUGUUUCGCCUGUGUUGGCAACCGGGCCAAGUGAACUCCUAAUAGAAUCACUGCAGGAGCUACCAAGUAACAUGUCUCCAUCGUCACAACCCACUCCACCGCUGCCGCCUCUGCUGCCGCCGCCACAAAGCGGUACUAAAUCUGGUUCAUCUCUGCCGCCAUCACCAAGCGAGAGUAAACAUGUUCUCUCAUCACAGUCACCUCCACCGCCACCGCCACCUCCACCUCGGGCUAGCAGUGUAGGUCUUUCACAGCCUCCGCCACCUCCACCUCCACCGCCACCACCACCACCUCGGAUUAGCAGUGUAGGUCCUACACAGCCUCCACCACCACCGCCGCCGCCGCCACCACCUCCUCGAAUUGGCAGUGUGUCUCCUUCACAGACUCCGCCCCCACCCCCACCCCCACCGCCACUGCCAAAUUCUGGGGCAGCAAAACAGCAAAAUGUUUGUGCAGCUCCACCACCGCCGCCACCACCGCCGCCACCUCUGGCUCCUGGAAUAGCUACGCCACCCCCUCCUCCUCGUCCUCCCUCUUCUAGUAAAACACCUACAGCUGCUUCUGGCACUUCUUCAAAAGGACCACCUCCACCUCCGCCUCCUCCUCCACCUGCUACUUCUUCAAGAACUUCUGGCCCUUCUGUUCCACCCCCACCCCCACCACCCCCAGGUGCUAAUAAAAAAACUCCUCCAGCCCCACCGCCACCUCCCCUAAUGACAGGAAAGAAAGCACCUGUGCCCCCACCCCCACCACCUCAAGCACCAAAACCUCCUGGACCUCCAAAACCUCCUGGAGUUGUACCUCCACCACCACCAAGCUCAAAGAUCUCAAAUGCACCAGCACCACCUCCAUUAUUGGGAAGGGGACGAGGCAACACAACUGGACCAAGUAAAGGCCGUGGCAUUGGUUUGGCACAGCAAAGUAACCCUCCCAAGAAGGCUUCACUGAAGCCUCUACAUUGGGUGAAAGUCACAAGAGCAAUGCAAGGAAGUCUCUGGGCCGAUGCCCAAAAACAAGGGACUCAGGCUAGGGCUCCUGAUAUCGAUUUAUCUGAACUGGAGAGCUUAUUCUCCACUGCAGUUGUAACCAGCACAAGUGAAAAGGGGGCAACAAGACGUGGUUCAGCUAUUAACAAGCCAGAAAUUGUUCACCUGGUUGACAUGCGACGAGCUAACAAUUGUGAGAUAAUGCUUACGAAAAUUAAAAUGCCUCUGCCUGAUAUGAUUAAUGCAAUUUUGGCUCUGGACACUUCUGUUCUUGAUAAUGACCAAGUGGAGAAUCUCAUUAAGUUUUGCCCUACAAAGGAAGAGAUCGAGAUGUUGAAGGGUUAUAAUGGCAACAAAGAAAUGCUUGGGAAAUGUGAACAGUUCUUCCUGGAGUUGAUGAAAGUUCCACGUGUAGAGGCCAAGCUAAGAGUUUUUGCUUUCAGAAUUACUUUCUCAACACAGGUAGAUGAGCUAAGAACUAACCUAACCACCAUAAACGAUGCAACAAAGGAGGUGAAAGAGUCUCUGAAGUUACGGCAGAUAAUGCAGACCAUUCUCACAUUGGGGAAUGCAUUAAAUCAAGGGACAGCACGAGGAUCUGCUGUUGGCUUCAGAUUAGACAGCCUUCUUAAACUGUCGGAUACUCGAGCUAGAAACAAUAAAAUGACGCUGAUGCAUUAUUUAUGCAAGCUUCUUGCUGAGAAAAUGCCUGAACUUCUUGAUUUUGACAAAGACCUAGUUUAUUUGGAAGCAGCUUCCAAGAUCCAACUGAAAUUGCUUGCGGAAGAAAUGCAAGCAAUAAACAAAGGUCUUGAGAAGGUCGAGCAGGAGCUAGCUGCUUCAGAGAGUGAUGGUGCAAUUUCAGUUGGCUUUCGUAAGGCAUUGAAAAGCUUUCUUGAUGCAGCAGAAGCUGAGGUUAGGUCCCUCAUUUCCUUGUAUGCUGAAGUGGGAAGAAACGCUGAUUCGCUAGCUCAGUAUUUUGGUGAGGAUCCUGCACGCUGCCCGUUCGAGCAAGUGACGUCAAUUUUGGUUAUUUUUGUGAAUAUGUUCAAAAAAUCACGUGAUGAAAAUGCUCGAAACGCGGAGGCUGAGAAAAAGAAACUGGAAAAGGAAAAGGAAAAGGCAAGUGUGUCUGCUAAAUAAGGCUUGGAAUGAGACUACUGCUAUGCCAAAGUUCCAUCUUUGUGAAGCUGGAUUGCUGGACUGACGAGGACCUGCAGUGUAACUUGCGGCAGUGCAGAACCUGCUUUGAAAUCUUCAGUAUGCACACAUGUGUUGUGCCAGGAAUCUCGCUAUCUGGUAGCCAUCCAUCAAAUGGUUACCUUUGCGAAUUCCGAGGUCUAGGAGCUUUCGUGCUCACCUCCAGUGGGAAUGUAUGAACAGAUGACUGAACAAACAUACGGACGCCACGGCUGCUGUAGUUUUUGCGUGUAAAUAUGACAGUUACUGGAGUAUAGCUGUCUUACCUGUACAUAGAAUUAGGUUAAGGCCCCAAGCGGGGACGAAGAAAACAACACGAGUGUUGCCUUUUUUGUUUUGAAAAUAAACACGGGUAUUGUACAAUGUUGCUGUGUUACCGAAGAACAAACGACGAGUACAAAUCCUUUGCACUUCAUACAUUUAUCCAUUGCGUGGCAUGUUACUGUUUA